AUUUCAGAUUAAAUUAAAUAAAAAAGAAGAAGAAGAGAGAGAAAGAUAAAUAACUCAACGAAAGAAACAUAGCAGAAAACAAGAAACAAAAAUCUUAACGAUUUCGAAACAGAAGAAACAACAACGUUGUUGUGUUGGUCAACUCAACAACAUCAUCCAUAAUCGAUACCAACAAAGACACACUUUUUUUCAAUAUAAGGCAUGCUUUUUUUUCUUGAUUCGCUGGAUCUUGGUGAGCACUGCCAAAAAUAGUUAUUUCUUACAUGUUAAGUGUUGGCCAGAGACUUUUGUGCUUGAAUGUAGCUUACUCGUGCUAGAUUAUCUUAGGGAAACUCUAUAAGUUGUAGCAUGCCACAAAUAUAAACUCAAAGCUAAAGAAAUUGGAAAGAAAACCUUUAGAUCGGAUCAGAAAUGGCUCCUGGAGGAGGUAUUUUCAAAGAAGUUCUCGAGUCUCACCUCUUGACUUCAGAUUAUGAAACAGGCAAGGCUAAAUCUGAGGCCAAGAUUAACAGUACACUUACAAAAUCCACUAGUGUUGGAUUGAAUGGAAAGCACGGAACUAGUUCAAAGAAUGGUGUGCAUGAUUUACUCGGGUGCCCUGUCUGCAAGAAUUUGAUGUAUCCUCCAAUUUACCAGUGUCCAAAUGGCCAUACAUUAUGUUCAAAUUGUAAGAUUGAAGUCCAUAAUCUCUGUCCCACCUGUCACCAUGAUCUUGGGAAUAUAAGGUGUUUGGCUCUGGAGAAAGUGGCGGAAUCUUUGGAGCUUCCUUGCAGAUAUCAGAGUCUAGGGUGUAAUGAUAUUUUCCCUUACUAUGCUAAGCUUAAGCAUGAGCAAAAUUGUGGAUUUCGUCCAUACAAUUGUCCGUACGCUGGAUCUGAGUGCUCUGUGAUGGGUGACAUUCCAAAUCUUGUUGAUCAUCUCAAGGAUGAACACAAGGUUGACAUGCAUGAUGGAUUCACCUUCAAUCAUCGAUAUGUCAAAACAAACCCACAUGAAGUUGAAAAUGCCACAUGGAUGCUCACUGUUUUCAAUUGCUAUGGAAAGCAUUUCUGUUUGCACUUUGAGGCUUUCCAGCUUGGUACAGCUCCAGUUUUUAUGGCCUUCUUACGGUUUAUGGGCGAUGACAACGAAUCAAAAAAAUUCAGUUACAGCUUAGAAGUCGGUGCAUAUGGGCGCAAACUUAUAUGGCAAGGAAUUCCUAGGAGCAUACGCGACAGUCAUGGUAAAGUUAGAGAUAGUCAAGAUGGACUAAUAAUUCAGAGGAAUCAAGCCCUUUAUUUUUCGGGUGGGGAUAAAAAGGAGUUGAAAUUGAGAAUCACUGGUCGUAUAUGGAAAGAAGAUUGACAGAUGUAAAUAUAAUAAUAAUGUAUUAAGCGUGAAGAAUGUUCGAGUGAUCAUUGUAUAGAGCUUAUUACCGGUUGUUGUAAGAUUUUGCUCUCUGGCAAAGUGUAUCACUUAUGAUCUAUUUAUAUCUCCAUAUAUAGAUUCUCUUUCAGUUCCACA